UUCUUCCCAAUUUUCCGCAUAAGUGAUUGUACCAUCUUGUGUGAGUUGCAAGAAUCAGAAAAGAGGAUGGGAAAAUAUUCAUCAAACGCGGCCCAGUCAGCUGCGUCGUCCUCGACAAAACAGGGGAACCAACAUCGAACAUUGGAACAGAUCGGAAACGAAUUGAUACGAGAAUGCAAAAUCUGUACCGAAAAUACUCGCCUGUCCAAGGGGCUCCGGGAGCGACUAGAACGACUGCCAAGGAAAGUGCGGAAGGAAGUGGUCAGGCGGACACACGAUGGCUGUUCACCGCUGUUCAUCGCAUGUCGCCGAGGUAACGUAGAGAUUACCGAAUAUCUCAUCAAAGUUUGCGAAGCGAACACGGAACAGAAGGGAUUGUACGAAGUUCCGGAGGACCGCUCGGUGCAUUGUGUGACCCCGCUUUGGUGUGCAUGUGUUUCCGGCAAGUUACCGGUGGUGAAAUGUCUCGUUCUACUCGGUUCCAACAUAAAUGCUCUCUCCGACACUGGAUCGACACCAUUGCGUAGCGCCUGCUUCAUGACACACAUCGAUAUUGUUCAAUUCUUAGUCGAACACGGUGCAGACAUUAAGAAACCGAACUAUAAUGGAGGAACAUGUCUGAUCAAUUCCGUGCAAUCGGUCACCCUUUGCACCUACCUGAUAAGCAAGGGGGCGGACGUAAAUGCACGAGAUAUCCAGGAUAAAACGGCCCUCCAUUAUGCCAUUCAAGAGCAUCGACUCGAAACCGCCCAGCUUUUGCUGGAACAUGGGGCCGAUCCCUUCGCCAAGUCACGCUAUGGAGACGACGCGUUGCAGACGGCGUGUCUGAAAGGCGCCUAUCACAUAUUCGACUUUCUGAAAAAACGAAUCAACUAUUCCGCAGAACGGUUGGCCGAUGCACACGAGUUGUUCGGGUCUACGCUCAUCGACGACUUGAAUGUAACUCGCGGUGCCGUGCUACACUGGCGACUAGCCCACCAGAUUCGCCUUCGCGGUCCAGAGUACAUUUGCAAGCGACCUACCAUCCAGCCUCGGCCCGCCUACGGAUACUCCACCGAAUUUUCCACCAUCUCUGAGCUUGAUAAUAUCGCUGCCGAUGUGGAUGCAAUGCGCGUUCAAAGUUUGCUGAUCUACGAGCGUAUUCUCGGUAUUGGCCACAAAGAUACGCUCUUCCGUUUAAUGUUCCGGGGUGCUUCCUAUGCCGAUGCCCAUCGAUUUCAGCGAUGCAUCGACCUUUGGCUGCUGGCGCUGCAAGUGCGUGUACAGAAAUACUCCAUCCUAUACUCGGACACUUGUCUGACGGCACAAGCCCUCGUUCGAUUGAUGCUAGACCUAAUCGAUCAGUGCGAGGAACCGGUGGGGCUAGAAUUUGUCGAGGAAGGAGUACCACGAUUCGAGGAUGUUUACGCGGUGUUUAGCAUCCUGACGGCCAACAUCGCCGAGGCCCGGCAGCUCAUCAGCAUACGACCGGUGCACAGGAAGCAGCAGGAAAACUUCGAUCGCGUCAUGAAGUGUCUCACACAUCUAAUUUUCCUGAUGCUGGCCACGGCGAAAACGAGCUCGGAUCGGGAGUUGAUCUACCGGGCCGUGUACGCGCUGGUGCAGAGCAAUAUCCGCAGUGCCAGUAACAACGACACCUUGCUGCACCUUUCUGUCUCCCGGCUGAAUGUGAUAAAGAGCGGGUACUUUACCGAUGACACCACCACGACCAAGGUCGUUUUUCCGAACCUUAGCGUGGCCAAGCUGCUGCUCGACUGUGGAGCCGAUGUGAACGCUAAAAACGAAUGUAAAUCACCGCCACUACUGGUUGCAGCAAUGCCUUACAACUACGACCGAGAUAUUAUCUACACUCUACUCGAACACGGAGCGCAUUUGGAUGAGCCAAACCGGCUCGACGAUCGGCCAUUAAACCUGAUACGAGACAACCCCAUCAACGACAUUCCGACAGUAAGCUACCUUCCGUUGAAAUGUCUUUGUUCGACGGUAAUCGUGCGGUUUGGCAUACCGUACCGUAACCAAAUACCGCGCACGCUGGAAGAAUUUGUCAAACGACACGAACCAUAAUAUGCAGGCGUGUACGUCCUGGAAUCCGCUGGAUCGGUUCCUCGUACCCUUUUUUCCCAUUACUGUUCAAAUGUUUGUCAUCGAAAAUCGGUUCAAAUAUUAUACACUUGCUUUAUCUUAUGCGGUUGGAGAAAUUUUAUUUUACGUCACUUGGGACGGCAUGACCUAGACAUUGGGUGUACAAUAAGGUUAACAACCUGUUUUAACGGAAGAACCUGAUUGUCCUAAAAAAUGUCAAUGAAGUUGCCGUCAGAUUGCUCAGUUGGAAUACUCAAAUCGGUCUAACGAUAUCCUCCUUGCAUCAUAUGUUUAAAAUUAUUUAACAGAAACCAUACUUGUGGGAAUUUACAGAAUUCUUUCGGCGGUAGAAGAUAUUAUGUUAUGUUACAAAAAACUGUAAAGGUUCGCAAAUAUAAGUUUACACCGAAUGAAAUGCCCUGAAGCCGAAUCUCACGCCGCUAAGGGAAAUUUAAAAAUAUAUAUUAACCCCUCAGUCUUGUAAUCGCGUUUCUAGAAAAAUAAAUUCAAAAGACUCCUUGCCGUGCAACAAGAACUACGAUAGAACUAUUCAAUAAAAGUACGACAAUAUUUGUAAGUUGUGCUGUUAAUGAAAUUACAAACACCGCAUCAUAAUACAUAUUGCCCUAAAUGCCCCUGUAGCGUUGCGUGAAAUCAAGAGUAGGAUAACUGUUGAAUAAAAACCGAUACUGGUCGUCGCACCGCACAGCUAAUAAAUGUCUGGAAUAUAUCUGUCAAUUUAUAUAGAGCAAACGAAAACAUAUACGUUAACAGCAAUCGAACAUCAGAUCCAAUAGCUAAAUUAGAAAUCAUAGCAACAAUACAGUAUGAAAAGAAAAUGUUUUUGCUUGAUGCAAUAUAUGAUAGAAAACAAAUAUAAAGCCUCACUAAGAUUGAAUGCAAUUAAAAACAACAAGAACACAGACUCUUACAAGGAGCAACUCUGCUUUAAUACCAAAUGACACGAAUGUAGUGAUUUAAGGAUACCGCAAAUAGAAACAAACAGCAGAAUAAGUAACCAAGUUGAAACCUAUUAUCAAUCAGUUUAGAUUUUUUUUCUUCACCCUCUUUAUGUAUUAACUUUGAAAAUUGAGAUAAAAUGUGCCUGGUUUCAGUAAGAAAGGGUCGGAUUAGGAUCAACUAUACCAAACAUUUAACAUUUCCGUCUUCAAAGCAACAAUUGACUCCUGGCCAUUCCGCCGUAAAUUUUUUGUUCGUUCAUAUAUUCCGGGUGGGAGUGGAUGAGUAUUUUUUAGAUUUAAAGAAAUUAGACAAACGUUAUGCUGGAACGAUGCUAUACAUAGGUAACAAGACAACAACAUAUAUUGAAGACUAACAUACACAUACAUACUAACCGAAAUAAUCCCUAGCGCUCUAAAGGAUGCUUGUAGUUCGUGGCAUUGAUGUUACGGCCAAUACGCGACCAUAGGCACGUUUGCCGCGUUUCCCUAGCAGAACCUUAGAGCAGAAAAGUGCGACAAGACUAGAUAAUGAAACACUUAGUACGAGCAGCACGGAUCUGUGCCAGAUCCCGGCCCUGUCGGCUAUAGUCAAUUUGAUAUCCUUCCGUUGAUUGCCGCGUUCCACAACCAAGGGUAGAAAUAACGCUACCUCUACACGGUCUCCCGCCAUCAACACCCAAAUGGAAGCAAUAUUCUUCGGUAUUGAAAUGCAAUGAAUUAUCCGUGACGAACAGAUACCGAUGCUUGUACGCAAUGCGGCUGGCAAAGCAAACGCUUCGGGGCAUUUGAAUAUGCAAGUUAUUAUUGUGAUUAUGAUAAAGCAUAGCAAGGAAACUUCAGAAAAUGAUAACAUAGUCGGAAAGAAACAUAGUUACUGAUAAAGCAACUCAAUAAAUAAAA